AAAUUAAAAUGAAAAAGACAGAGGCUGUGAGAUGGGAAAAGCUAGAAGGGCAAGGAGACGUGCCUACACCAAAACAGUUUGUAGCAGAUGUAAAGAACUUGUAUCCAUCAUCAUCUCAUUAUACAAGAAAUUGGGAUAAAUUGGUUGGUGAGAUCAAAGAAGAAGAAAAAAAUGAGAAGUUGGAGGGAGAUGCAGCUUUAAACAAAUUAUUUCAGCAGAUCUAUUCAGAUGGUUCUGAUGAAGUGAAACGUGCCAUGAACAAAUCAUUUGUAAGAACAUAAGCUUGAAAACAGCAUAUCGUGGUAGAA